AUGUUCGCCGCUCGUCGUCUUACUAGCGUCCCUCGCACCUUGCCGCGGAGGGCGCUAUUCCACAACACUGCGCCAGCUUUCGUUCAGAAAGGAGAUUCGAUCCCCGAUCUCGAUGUGCUGGUCGAGGACUCUCCUGGGAACAAGGUCAAUCUAGCCAAGGAGCUCAAGGGAAAGGGUGUCAUCGUCGGGGUUCCGGCUGCUUUCAGUCCCGCGUGCUCUGCCAGCCAUGUCCCGGGAUAUAUCAAUCACCCAAAGCUCAAGGGAGCCGGCCAGGUUUUCGUGGUUGCAGUCAAUGACCCAUUUGUAACUAAGGCUUGGGGUGCCUCGUUGGAUCCGUCGGGCAAGAGUGGUAUCCGCUUCCUGGGUGACCCCGCCGGCAAGUUCUCUGAGGCGCUCGAUGUGAUCUUUGAUAGUACUUCGCUCUUCGGAAACAAGCGCAGUAAGCGUUAUGCUCUAGUCGUAGAGAAUGGAAAAGUCAAGGAGGCUUUUGUUGAACCUGACAACACCGGUCUCAAUGUUUCCGCGGCGGAGAAGGUGCUGGGCUAA